UGGAACAAGAUGAGUCAACAAAAAGGAUUCGCGCAGAGCAUGCAGAGGCCGCAGGGGAAUCAAGUGAAUAUUUGAUCGACACCCCUACCUCACCCCGCCGGCCUAGCCCUGUCAUGAAUGUCAUAUGUACGUGUAAUGGGCGAGUGUCUUCCAGAAAUGGAUGAUGCCGAAAGUUGUUGCUAUGUACCUCUAUAAACAGAACUUCGUGGAAACGGCACACAUUCGUCAUUAAGCUGCUUAAGUCUACUUCGUGGCAUGGAUGGCUGACGAUUGUGCAUCCGACCCACAGGAGGUAGAUGAAGGAUCUUCGUCUGUGAAAUUGGGCGGUCGGCCUGCUGGGCAUCGUUGAUUGCAAGCCGUCGGAAAUCUUCCCCACGAGUGAAGCACUUUCUGAGCUGGCACAUCAGGUAGCAUUGUAAGAAGAAUGGGUAUUCGUAGGCGGAAACAUGUUGUCAUCAUCGGUAUCUUGUCGCUUCUAGGGCUGAUGGUAUGCAGCUUCACUUCAAGCAACCUUAUGAUUGUCAUUAAGUCUGGAGAAUGCGUGUCUGGCUCUAAAAGAGGCAUGCAGCCACCCCUCAUCGGGGUGGCAGUUGAUGACGACCAUGUGUUAUCGAGGGAGCCCCACAGCAGAUUGGUCAAAACCGUCCCCGGCGAGGAACCCUUCGGCGCCAAAUCUCAUGACACUUGCAGAUGUCCAGCCGGCCUUGUGAACCAGAAACGAUCACGGCAACGCGAGGUGACAACUAAACGCACCGAUAAGAUACACGUGGUGAUUGUGACCAAUCGACGCUCAGGUUCAUCCUUCCUGGGCCAAUUUUUCAAUCAAAACCCUAAAGUGUUCUUCCAGUUUGAGCCGUUGAAACUAACAGAAUGGAAGAGAGAGUUCUACCCAGACAGAAUCCAAUACCUUCGCCGCUUGCUCAAGUGCCAGUUUCUCAGGACACCGUAUUUGGAUGAGUUUUACAACCGAGAGCCGCUUCAUCGAAGAAGCAGUCAAGUGCUCGUUGAACCUCCGCUGUGUAAUAUCACUCUGCGAUAUCACCGACCGCUGACUGACAAUGCGAUGAGGUACUGUCCUCCCUUGGAAACGACACCCCUCAUGCAAGCCUGUCAAAAGAAGCAACAUCAAGCGGUCAAAUUGAUCCGGCUAUACAACAUAUCGUCGCUUGAGGAAAUGGCCUGUGAUCCUGACAUCAACUUGAAGGUUCUGCACCUUGUGCGCGAUCCCCGCGCAACCCACCACUCUAAAAGUCGCAUCCGGAGAGCCAACGUGUCGCUGGAACUUGGAAAGUCCCUUGAUGCCGACAUCUCGUACCUGUGCAAGCGCAUCAAUCGAAACCUGGACUUCGCCGGUAGCAUGCCAGCCUGGCUGCGCGGAAGGUACAAACUGAUCAGGUACGAGGAUAUCGCAUACGAACCUCGAGAACUUGCUAGGGAAAUUUACGAGUUUGUUGGGCUAGGUCGACUUCCUCAAAAGGUUCUUAAAUGGAUCCAGGAUAAUACCCAGAGAAAUGUCCAACCGAGCUUCAAAAGUCAUGACACACCCUACAUCUUGACCAAAAAUGCAUCCCAGGUCCCCGAAGCUUGGAGGCAUCAUGUACCGAUCCAGGUUGUGCUCAGGAUGCAAGAGUUCUGUGGAGAGACACUCAGAAGGCUUGGUUACAAGGAAGUCAAGUCAAAGCAGGAAUUACUUGACAACAGCAACAGUUUGGUUGUAGACCUUCCCACAAGUUGAACUAGUCUUUCCAAAUUCAUAGAACAAACCGGAACUAAUACCAAAAACCUCACAAAUGUGUCGUUUUGUAUUCUACAGAGGUCUCCGUAGUUUAUUUUAUUGUUCUCAUUUCCGACCGAACUUUAUUUUUUGGUUCCGACCGAGGAGGGCAAAACAGUAUGCCGCUGAUCCUGUGCAAAAUUUCCUACCAAGAAAAAAAGUUUAAAGAUUAUAAUCUCAAGAAUUUUUAAGGAAUGGAAAAAAAUUCCCCCCCCCCGUUUUCAGACGACAGAUACCUUACUUCAAGGUAAAAAAACCCCACGAGAAUCAAAGAAUUGAAAAGGGACAUCUUUAUAAAUUAUAUCUAAAGAUAAAAUCUCGCAAAGCAAUCUAAGCUUUAAACGAACACGUUUGUCACACAUUAUUACACAAUCCUCUUUUGAAAAAUGUUUUUGAAUUGAUUACAAUCCAAACAGUUAAAUUUUACGUAAAAUUUAUUAAAAUUAAGUAUUCUUACGAACUACGAAAGUACUUAUGAGAAAUAUGGAAAGGUCACGUGGAAGCCUGGAAAAUCUUGAAGUUUAAUCCACCUGCAACGCGAGAUGAACUUUAAGAAUUUGUGAAAGUUUCCACACGUUUUGGGCUAAUGGCCUUUGGCGUUAAUAGCCUCCCUAACUCACCGCGACUACUAUGCUGGCUCUUUCAAGAUUCCUUUACACGAUCUUUCACACAUAAGGACUUCGAAAUGAUACCACCUAGCACUGGGACUGUUGGUUUCUAUCAAGUAUGUGCGACAAAACAUUCCGUGUACA